AUGCCCUACAGUCUCAAGACUCCCACAUUCACACAAGCCAGAAACAUGCUUCCCUACAAUUUGCUGGGAGCCCCUGAUCUGCCGACGGAUGUGUUGGACUGCAGUAACACUGGCUCUGGACUCAUGCUGACCAAACCACUAAUGCUGAAGACCAUAAACACUGAAAAAAUCCUUACUGCUAAGUUCAACGUUCCUAACCAUAAAACCGUGGCGUGUGUGGAACGUCAACUGCGCAUCUUGCCCAGCACGCAAAUAUCUCGUUUGGAGGUCUACAGACAGGAAGAGGGCUCUGAUGAUGUCAUGGUGCUGCAAAAUUUAGAACGAAUUGAUUGGACGGCAGGAGACACACUAGGAAACCUGCACUUCAGACUGUAUGACGAGGGCAAUAGACUGGUUCCUCUUCUGCCAAAUAUUACCAGCAAGAUUAAGGUGAAUUGGACCGCAAAGUUAAACGCAGAAGAACUUUCUCAAGGAAAACUGCCAGAUUUGUGUGUUCCAACUCAAGCUCAGAAAGAGCAUUACUGCGAUGUGUCUUUCCACGACCAGCACUCGGUCAACAUGUCUUUUUUAAUUGUGCCUCGUCCAGAUGAGCCUGAGCGUUUGCGGGUCAACCUCUUUGAGUCGUCUGUCAAAAUGGGCGAAAUUCUCUCAGGAAACAUAUAUGUAGAAGUGAUUGAUCAGUACGGGAAUAAAACAGACUGUCUAAAUGCUGAAAGUGUGAAGACUUUGAGUGUGUCUGCGGAUAACUUGGAUAAAGGAGCUCUGGUUGUAGAAUGGCAGGCCAGUAUUGGGAAAUUAUCGGUAUGCGGUGUCCGGUUCAUGACGGGAUCUCUUGGCCCAAAAGAGUUGUGUUUUAAGUAUAUGGACAUGAUGGAAUGUGCACGAAUUGAAGUUACUGCGGGACAUCCGGCUAAGAUAAUUCUACUGGAGAAGCCAGAGAUUCCUUUCCAGGUCAUGAAUGGCCAUGGCUUGGACACACCACUGGUCAUGCAGCUGUGUGAUAAAUGGGGAAAUCCUUCUCCAGAUCAGCGGAUUGAGGUUGAGAUGAACACUCUGUACUCAGAGUUAAAGAUAAAGUCCUCAGUGACGUCUCAGCCUGUAGAUUCCGAAGGAAAAGCUUGCUUCAUAUUAGAAAGUAUAAGUGGUCCAAAAGGGGAGCAUCAUUUGGAAUUCAAGGGAUGUUUUGGCAAGAAAGCCAUUCCAGGGCCGGUAAUUAGAUUAAAUCUGAUUCCUGAUCCCAACAAGCCUGAUAAACUCUGCAUUGAGUAUGACAGCACUGCCAAAUUAUGUGCUGGAGAGGUCUUUCCAGAGUUUACAGUGUUUGUGAUGGCUGAAGAGGGUGGGCCAGUAAAAAACAUCAGCCCAGCAAGUCUUUCAAUGCUGCUCUGGAAAGGCAUAGCAUCAGGGUCCAGACCACACCCUGCAGCCUCUGCUCUGAGGUGUAGUAAACGCAAGGACACCGAAAAGGAUGAGUGUUUCUGCUUCAGGGAUAAGCAGAUUCCAGAACUUGCAGGAAAGUACGUUGUCCAAUUUGUUUUGGCUUUGGACAAAACCAAACAUCUGUGGAGCAAACAGAUUGAACUAAACGUUGUUCCCAAUAAAGCAAUGAAAUUAGCCCCUGAGACUCCACCUUCAACUCCUGUUGUCUCUAAUAGUAACAUUCGGGCCAAUCGCACACUGGUGGACAGCUUGAAUCUAAAGAUCAUGGACCAAUAUGAUAAUGCUGCUGGUGAAGGUAUAGAUGGAAAAGUGGUGGUUACAGUUAAAGGCACUGGAGACAUGGUGGUUCCUUUGUUUGAGAAUGGAGAAAAUAGUUUGUCAUACAGCCUUACUAACGGGGAGGCUCUCAUUACUGAUUUGGUUCUUUUGGAGAACAGUCCUGGUAGUGAUGGAGCUGAGUAUAUUCUCCAGUUCCAUCCUGAGUUUCAGCUGACUAGUGUUACGAUCACUCCAUACAGCCUGCCUUUCAGAUUCUGCAAUGAUUCAGAACAUCAGGAAGUCAUUUCAAAUCUCAGUAAGAAGAAAGAUCGUCUUUCCAAGACUGUUUUGAUGUACCGGGAAAUCUUUGAGACCAAUGAACAACUGAAAUCUGAACUUGAGUGUCUGGUGCGAGAUGCAUCCCACAAAAUAAAUGAGCUUAAACCAGAGCUCAUGAACAGUGGCUUAGACAUAUCAAAACUAACCUCGGUAUCAGAAAUAAAGGAUUUAAUAAAUGCCAACAAAGCAAUUUUGGUCAAGAUGGAGAAUCAACCUAGACGGAAAUGUAGCAUUCUUGACCCUUUCAAAGGCAGUCCGCACGUUCUGGGAAAGGUAGGUCAUCUGGCACAGGUUGAGGAUGAUGAUGCAGCGAAGGUGAUCUCUUGGCAUAUCCUUGGCGACAUGGACUGUGUGGUUACUGAAACAACAUCAGCUGCCAAGAAAAUCUAUGAUGAUACACAAGGACGACAACAAGUCUUACCCCUCGAGACCGUCUUCUGGAGACCAAAUGACAGGCCAUUGCCUCACAUCAGGAAUGGCUCGUCUCUCUUCCGUCCACUUGGAAAUCCUGUGUUUGUCAAAGAUUUGCUCAUUUAUCCUGAGCAUGUAGAAGGCUGCAAUAAAGUUUUUGCAACCCUUCUUGGAGAAACCAUAUUAAUUGAUGAUUUGGAUUCUGCUAAUCACUAUCGUCGGGGGGUGGUUCAAAAUAAGAUGCAGUGCCCCACACUCCUAACGCGCCAAGGGGAGCGGAUACGCAGCAACGGGAAGUUUGGUGGUUUGCAGAACAAGGCUCCACCCAUCGAGAAACUUCGAGGGCAAGUCUUUGGGGCACCAUUACCCAAAGAGUACAAACAUACAUGCCUUCAGAUAGAAUUAUUACAGCAGUACAGUGGUGCAAUGCAGAAGGCCUCUGAUGUCGAAUUUGAAUAUAAAAAUCAUUUCCAGUACCUGCAGAGUCCUCAGAUGAAACAGAAGCGACAAGAGCUCAAGCAGCAAGAGGAAGAGUUAAAAGAACUUGAGCAAACCCUUGCCAGAACUCCUGAAAAAAGAAUGAAACGAAGCCUCGAGCCUGAAACUUCUGAGCCCUCAGUCCCUCCUAAACGGAUCCGUCGCAAACCUUGCAAGCUGGCAGAUUCAUGAUGCACCGAGCUGACAGUUGAAGCAAUGCUGUAGUUUAUUCAGAGUAUCAAAGAUUGUUUUGUCUUUGUAAAUCCUGCUCUUUUUUUUUACUUUAAACUCUUUACACGUUGUUUUAAAUUCCAGGAUUUAAGAAGAAAGCAAAAAAAGAAAAGUUAAUAUAUUUUGUAUCGUUCUUUGAGGGGAAAAAAAAACAAGUUU